GGAACUGAACGAGAGUAUGACCACAGAAGACGACUGCUACCUGUGCAAGGAGGACCUGAGGGACCCCGUGUCUAUUCCCUGUGGACACUCCUUCUGCUCUAUUUGUCUCAAAACAUAUUGGGACCACGCUGACCACAUCGGGACCUACAAUUGCCCUCAGUGCAGGGUCACCUACAACAAGAGACCGUCCCCUCGCCGGAUGCAGAGCUCCAGGCAUUCGGGGGCUCCCCGGAGCUCCGAGUCUUUCCCGCCGCCACCUCCGUCCCCCGACUACAACUAUGCCGGACCCAGGGACGUGGGCUGCGACAUCUGCAUCGGCAGGAAGCACAAGGCGGUCAAGUCCUGCCUGAUGUGCCUGGCGUCGUACUGCGACAAGCACCUGAAGCCCCACUUCGAGUCGUCCACCUUCAAGCGCCACAAGCUGGUGGACGAGAUCGGGCACCUGGACCGGCAGAUCUGCCCGCAGCACCAGAAGGGCCUGGAGCUGUACUGCCGCACCGAUCAGAUGUGCAUCUGCGUCCUCUGCACGGUGAAGGAGCACAAGGGCCACGACAUGGUUUCCGCUGAGACGGAGAGGGCAGAGAAACAGAAUCUUCUGGGUGCCACGCAAGCAGAAAUCCAGCAGAAGAUCCAUGAGAGAUUGAAGCAGAUGGAGGAACUGAAACAGGCAGUGGAUUCUCUGAAGAGCUCCGCCCAGAGGGCCAUGCAGGAGAGCGAGAAGCUGUUUGGAGAAAUGCUGCGAGCCAUCGAGAGGAUGCAGGCCGAGAUGACCAAGCUCAUUUCCACCAACAAGAAGUCGGCCCUCAACACAGCCGAGGGCCACAUGGAGCGGCUGACCCACGAGAUCGCCGACCUGAAGAAGCGGGACACCGAGCUGACGCAGCUCUCCCGCACCGAGGACCACAUCCACUUCAUCCAGAGCUUCCACAUGCUCAUUGCCCAGACCGAAGCGGAGGAGCUGCCCACCGUGUCGGUGAACCCGUACUUCUCCUUUGGGUCAGUGACCAAGACUGUGUCUGAGAUGAAGGAACAUCUAAAUGAGUACAGCAACGAAGAGCUGGUGAAGGUGGCAAAAACAGUCAAUAAGAUGCCAUUUUGCCAGCUGGAUGAACGCAACAGAAGACAGACAAUGAAAUCCAAUGAAGUCGGGCUCUACAAGUCUCCCAGCCACGAGCCGCGAACAAGAGAUGAGUUCUUACAGUAUGCCUGCCAGCUCACACUAGACCCAAGCACAGCGUACAGGCAGCUGUACUUGUCGAGAGGAAACAGGAAGGCCGCCUUGAAGAGAGAUGCCCAGUCUUACAGCGAUAACGCGCACCGGUUCGACUCCCUGCCCCAGGUCCUCUGCAAAGAGGCCUUGUCCAGGGGCGCUUAUUACUGGGAGGUUGAGUGGAGCGGGGAGGGGGCAGCCUUAGGGGUCACCUACAAGGGAAUCAAGAGGACCGGAUACGGGGACGGAGCCCGCAUCGGAUACAACCGCAAAUCCUGGAGCCUCUUCUGCUCCGACUCCAGCUACUCCGCCCGCCACAACAAGGACCAGACCGAGAUAAACGCCCCCUACUCGUCCCGCAUCGGGGUCUUCCUGGACUACGACGCCGGCACCCUGUCCUUUUACAGCGUCACUGACACCAUGUCCCUCAUCCACAAGUUCCAGACCACCUUUAAUGAGACCCUCUAUCCUGGCUUCUGGGUGUGGUAUGAAUCUGCCAUCACCAUAAACCAGUUGUAAACAAGUUUUCUGUGUAAUAUGCUGUAUAAACAGCUCAUGCCUCCUGCAUGAGCUGUACCAAAACAACAACUUUCCCACUAACAUAUUAAGAAUACUUUAAAGACUUUAUUUUCAUCAGUUAACUCUAAUAAAUUGUAUAUUAAAUAAUUAAAGUGUGUCGUUUUUAUAAGCAAACCUAAAGCCAAAAUAUGGGUAGUACUGUGAAUCUUUUAAAUAAACAACAUGAAUGAACUGUAUAGCUUUGGCUUAUAACAUGUAACAGUCCAUUGGGUGGCCACAUUUGGUCCUGGAGAGCUGUAGGGUAUGUUGGUUUUUGUUACUCAGCACUGUUACUAGUUGGUCAAUAAAAUCAGUUGAUUACACACUUAAACUCACCUCACCUGGUUUUUUUUAGGUCUGGUUGCUGAUUUUAAGGUUAAACAAAAACAAGCAUACCCUGUAGGUCUCUAUGGUUAACAUUGGCCAUCCCAGCCAUAGUGUGUACAAUAAUCUGCUUGCUACUGUGUCUCUAUAUAGAACAAAAUGGGUUAUAGCCCACCAACCUGAAACUUGUUAGAGAAAAGCAAUGUAUUUUUUUUACAAUGAUAUGCAUGUAUCACAAUGGGUUUUUAUUAUACUGUAUUUUAUCAUACAGAUAUACAGAGAAUUGUGUGGACAUUAUAGAUAUCUAAUUGUAUAAAAUCACAUUUAAAGCCUUUUGUCAAAUAAAGUUUUUCGUUUUUUA